AUGCUCCCGAACACUCCGAACUUCUCUCCCACAAGCUCAGACGCUCGCAAGUCACAACAUUUGUUCGAUUUUGCCCCGAACGAUGGUCCAAAAUCCUUAUCGUUCGGGUCGCCCCUGAAACCGCACAAGGAGGAUGUACCCCUCGAUUUAUUCGGAGAGUCUUUGGGUACUGCAAGCCUUAUAUUGGAGCAAACCCCAGCCAGAUUUCUGUUUUCCUUCGCAUCCUCCGUAACUGCUACAGAGAAUGGUUCUGGAUGUAUUUAUAGCAAUCAAACUGCAUCAAAGGCUCGGGUUCCUGUCAAGCGCAAACAGCCCUCCGGCAUGUGUAGUUGCGAACUGCACAAAUCUGGGCAAUGUGAAAACAAAAAACGGCUCUUCUCGAACUUCUUUCAGAGCCAUCUCCCCAUGUUCCGAUUCGACCAAAACACCCAAGUUCCCAGGUUCGAUCCACAAACUGAGAAUUUCAAGAAUGUAYUGAUUGGACAUGCGAGGGUUUGGAGCUUUGCUAAAGAAUUUGCCGUCACUUCCUUGAUGAAGUUGGCCCGUUGUAAUCUUGCCUGGCAACUGGUGCAUUGGGUCAUGUCUGAGCAUACGUUGAUGCCCAUUUUUGGGGAUCUUGUUCGUUUUGUCUACAACGGUUGCACCGUYGAGGGGGAUGAUCUUCGUCUUAUUCUAGCGCAAUUCGCUGCUUGCGUGUCUGAAGAGGUUUGUCUGUUGGGAGGUUGGUACGAGCUUAUUGCUGAAGUGCCCUCCUUCGUUGUGGACGUGAUGCGCGAGUUGGCGAUUCGUUGUGAAGGAGAUUUCGGAGUCAGUCUUUUGGACUAG